UUAACAGGUAUUAUGUCACCCCAUCUAACAAAAGAUUACGUUCUAUGGUCGAACUUAGCAGGUACAUUAAUGAGCAUCCGCAUCUAUGCGAAGGUGUCAACAUCUCGCAAUUCUCGUUUCAGCCCCCAGUACCAUUGGAUGAGAAAUACAUUGCAAAGCGAGCCCGUUCUACCACCCAUGACACAAGCAGUACUCCUGCAGCAGGGGCUUAUCAUGCAUUACAGACUCAAAAUGAUAGCUCUGGGGUGCCGGAGAGUGCAACUACUGAGGCUAAAGCUCCUGCUCAAAGUUGAGGAUAUCGCUUCGCCCAGAAUGCUUCCACCAAGAAGGAGAUGGACAACAUACACAAACCAUAAGCUCAGACUUACAAAGUUCGUGUAUUUGAAGUAUACGAAUGGGACCGUUGUCGAAAUUGUGGGAGGUGUCAACUUGUUCAUCAUAUUCAUGGUGGAAUUAUGUUUGUAAAGUAGGUGGAAUUACUCUUUCCAGAAACUUUUUGCAGUUUUGACUUCUGACUUGUGGAAAUUGUGAAUUUUUUUAAAAAUGUAUUGAAAUGUAAAUAUAGAACUUAUUAAUAUAUUAAAAAGUGUCACGUGCAUUUCAUGUGCCAAAAAAAGAU